AUGGCCUCAAACUUGACAGCCGACGAGGAAGCCGGUUGGUUCGUAUCCCAAAAAGAGCAACCGUGGUGGCAAUGGUUGUUACGUCGUUUCAUUGCAUCAGGACCAAUCCCAAGGCACGUAGCCUUCGUAAUGGACGGAAAUCGGAGAUUCGCAAAAAACAAGAACCUUGGGAGUGUUAUCAAAGGACAUGAGAAAGGAUUCGUUCAACUUGCCAAAAUUCUAGAUUGGUGCAGUCGAUUCGGGAUUCGUGAAAUCACCGUAUAUGCAUUCAGUAUUGAAAACUUCAAACGGAGUGAAGAUGAGGUCGGUGGCUUGAUGCGUCUGGCAGAAGAAAAGUUCCAGAAAUUGUUGAAUGAUUCUGAGAAGUUAGACGAGAAGCGCAUAUGCUUCCGGUUCUAUGGAAAUCGCACGUUACUCUCGGCACGUCUUCAAAAGUUGAUGAGUGACAUUGAAGGAAGAACAGAAAAGUUUGAAGGAGGACGGUUGAACGUUUGUAUGCCAUACACAUCAAGAGAUGAGAUUUCAAGAAGUUUUGAAACUAUUCGGACCCAUGUGAAAGAAGGAAAACUGAAUGUGGAAGAUAUUAAUGAAUCGAUGAUUGACGCGUGCUUGGAUAGCGGUUGUGGUGGAACUCCUCCAGAUCUGUUCAUUCGAACUUCUGGAGAACACAGAUUGUCUGAUUUCAUGAUGUGGCAAGCUGCUGAUACACAUAUUUACUUUGACAGCGUUCUCUGGCCAGAGUUCGGAUAUUAUAACUUGUGCAAAGCUAUUCUCAACUACCAAUAUUAUCGGAGUACUGUAUCAAAAAUGUCUUCUUUGAAUGUAUCUGAGGAGACAACAUGGAAGAUGAAUUUCCGUGGGAACGAUCGAGACUUGAUUUCUGUGAAAUCUAUCCGCCCACAAGGAAAUCGUGAGAAGCUAGAAGGUAGUCGAGUAUGUACGUCUGUUCUUCCAAACGAUCCCCAAGUUACCAUCGGCGGAGAUCGUUCAUUCACCUACGACCAUGUUUUUGAUAUGCAAACAGAACAACAUGUUGUAUAUGAAGCAUGUGUCGAGAAGCUCGUUGAUGGACUUUUCGAAGGAUUCAACGCUACUGUUUUGGCAUAUGGACAGACUGGCUCUGGAAAAACUCACACGAUGGGAACUGCAUUCGAUUCUGCCGUGACUCAAAAAGAACAGGAUCUAGGAGUCAUUCCACGGGCUAUUCAACAUACGUUUCGAAAAAUUGCUGAAUGCAAAACCCAGUCGAUUGAACAGGGUCUUCUGGAACCAGCGUUCGAAGUGUCGGUUCAGUUUGUUGAACUUUAUAAUGACGACGUCUUAGACUUGCUCUCGGAUGAUAGAAGUAUGUCAUCAAGCAUCAGAAUCCACGAAGAUUCGAGAGGAGAAAUCGUUCUGCAUGGAGUGGAGCAGAGAGCUGUUUUUGAUAUGCAUGGAACCAUGGAUAUUCUCAAAAACGGAGCACUGAACAGAACUGUAGCUUCAACUAACAUGAAUGAGCAAUCGUCUAGAUCACAUGCGAUUUUCACUCUCCAUCUGAAACAGCAACGUGUUGCUGUGAAUCCAUUAGAUGAAGCAGGAGAACAGAAAGCUGGAGAGUUGGAAAUGGAAAUGCUAUGUGCCAAGUUUCAUUUCGUUGACUUGGCUGGAUCGGAGAGAAUGAAGAGAACUGGAGCAACUGGAGAUCGAGCUAAAGAAGGAAUCAGUAUUAACGUUGGAUUGGUAGCACUCGGUAACGUCAUCGCGGCACUAGGAGGAGCAAAUGGAAAAGUCAGCCACGUACCGUAUCGUGAUUCCAAAUUGACUCGUCUACUCCAAGAUUUAGGAGGAAACAGCCGAACACUCAUGAUUGCCUGCUGUUCCCCGUCCGAUAGUGACUUUGUCGAGACUCUUAACACGAUGAAAUAUGCUAAUCGUGCUAAGGAAAUCAAGAAUAAAGUUGUGGCCAAUCAAGAUAAGUCUUCGAAGAUGAUCGGUGAACUUCGUAGUCGAAUCGCUGCCUUAGAAGGAGAACUUCUUGAGUUUAAACAAGGAAGACGUACAGUUGACGUAGAUGGCCAUGAAGUUGUCAAUGAUCAAUACAACGAGAAUGUAUAUCUUACUAGCGAAGUCAACCAUCUGCGAUUCCGUGUAAAAGCGUUGAAUGAGACUCUCGACAUUUUACGAACGGAGAACAUUGACUUGAAAGCGAAGCAAGAAUUAAAUGCAAUAUCCGCUCUGCCGACAAGCGCUGACGGAGAAGUUGAUGCAGUUCAGUCGACGUUCCGGAAAUAUUUGGAAGAAUUAGAGCGAACGAAAUCACUACUGUAUGAAUCCCAAUCCACAUGUGACCAGUUGAGGAAAGAUAAUGCAAAAUGGAAAGCUAUUGGAGCAUCUCGUGGUGCAGGAGGUGGUGCAUCUGAAUUUAAUAGCCAGAAGCUCAUCGAAAUGGCAAAGAUAGAGCUCGAAAAACAAAGGAAGAUGAUGGAAUCAGUAAAUAUUGGAGGAGAAAAUGCUUCAUCGGAGUACUCAUCAAUGGCUCAAGACGAGGAUGGAACAAGCAAUGAAGCUGAAGAGCUUCUUGAUGAAGAAGAUUUGGAUGAAGAUGAAGACGAAAUUGCAGCUGAGAAAGAGCAGCAAGAAGAGUCGGAGGCAUUGCAAAUUGAUUUGAAUGAAGUGAUGAUUGAGUUGGAUAUCAAGGAAAAACUCAUCGAUCAAUUAGAAAGAGCUGAAAGACAGAAUCAGCAAAUCAGAGAUACGUAUGAGAAGAAGCUCAGAGAGUUAAUGGAACGAAUCAAGGAUACCGAAACUGAAAGAGAUCGUGUUCUAAACGAGGGUGGAAAACGAGGUGGAAACAAUGAACAGAUGAAGGCAAUCAAGCAGGAAUACGAGCUGAAAAUCAGUGAUUUACGGAAAGAGUUGAAGAAAAUCGAAGCACUUGAUCGAGAACAUUUGAAAGUGAUUGCCAAAUCACAGCGAGAACUUCAAGAGAAGACUAGACUAAAGAGUGAAGUUGUUGAUUUGAAGAAGGCCAAAGUAGAGCUGAUCAAAAAGAUGAACGAGGAUAAGAAGAAGCAGAAAGCUCAGCAACUUGCCAACGCUCGUGCAAUUGCAACCAAGGAGAAACAAACUCGCCUACAAGCUAAUAAAAUCCGAACUCUCGAAAUGAAGGAUAAGCAGCGAGAACAGUUUUUGAAAAAGACAACCCAAGAAGUGAAUGCUCUACGAAAAGAGAAAGCAUCUGCUGCAGCAGCCGCUCGACAAGCCAAUAGAGGAGGACCAUCUCGUGGUGGUGCUCCUGUUGUCAGUUCUCCGGCACGCAGAGUUCGGGGAGUUGUUGGUGCUACUCAGGCGAUGAAAGAGCUUACUUUCUCCGCCAAAGCAAGUAAAGUCAAAUGGGAUGUUAUUGUUCGGAAAAUCGAGGAAAGCGCUAGACGCCGUCAGAUUGUCCAGAAGAUGGAAGCAGAGUUAGAACGAUAUUUGAACGAAAGGCAUGCAGUAAUGUUGGAGAUUGUGGAGAAUGAAAAGCAAUUCACCCAAGCUCAAGAUGUCAUCUACCGUGACGGUCUUUUAGAAGCAAUUGACAGUGCCAAGGAGAAACUUCAGUAUGUGCAAGACCAAAUUACGUACCAGCAGAAGUUGAUUUGUGAUGUGGAUGAGGAUAUAUCUUCAAACGCUGAGAACGAACCAGAGCUGGAUGUGGGACUGAAAAAACAGACAAUCAAGCAGCUCUUCGACGGAUGUGACACUUUGAGUGAAGCAAGAUAUCUUCUGCAACACCUGUUCGAUUUGUGCAUUGAUAAAGCGGUGCUUGCGGCAAAAGUGGAGGCCGAGUUUAAGGAAUGUGCUGCUCGGAUUGAACAACUAGAGCAACAAUCAUCUCUUAAAGAACAACUGCUCACUUCGAUUAUUGAGGACAAGAACUUGGUGGACGAACUUGAUGGAUUGGUUCCAGCCGAUCUUCGUAAAAGUAGAACAUCAUCCCAAAGCUCUCUGCUUCGAAGUGUGUCACCGUCUGUUGUCGAAGAUUCUCACACUCUUCAAAACUACAAAGUCCGAAGACACACAGCUACACAAGAGGAACUUCUGUUUGCCUCUGCGAAUGCUUCUGAUGCAAAUGCAAAUCCAACUAGUGAAGCGGCGGCUGAUGCAGGAGAUUCGGAUGAAAAGAAGGAUAAGAAGAAAAGAAUCGCCUUCGUUUCUACGUCGCCAGCCUCUACCUCAUUUGCUAACGGUCCAACAUCAUCUCCAUCGUUUUCGCGUAAUACUCGUCUGCGGAGUACGGUAGGAGGAGUCAGCAAUAACAACAACGUUCGCAAACCGGUGGUGCAACCACCAACGAUUGUGAAUGGGAAUGGGAAAGUGUCGACUGUCCGGAAAGGGUUAUCACGUCUUCCUUCAGUGAACGAAGAUCCUGAAUACGGUGUAUUUGCCAAAUCGUUCCCAGGACGGUCCCGUUCCAAUCUAACAGCUUCUUCUUCGCCGUCGUCUGCUGCUCUUCUAAAUGCACGUGGAUCAACGUCGACCAAGUCGGUUUUUGCGCGAAUCUCGCCUUCAUGGCUCAGCGAUACGUGCGCCGAACUCAUAAUGCGUAACAAUAAUCGAAAGCAGAGCCGAAUCCUACCAGUGAAAGAUGGAAUGCGAGGAUCUAUUCUCACCAGAACUCAUACUUUGGAAGGUCAUGGAAGAGGUGUUUUAUCAGUUGAUGUUACAGAUACACUCAUGGUAACUGGAUCCAAAGACCGGACUGCCAAGCUCUGGGAUAUCGAAGCGUGCCGAGAGAUUCGAACAUUGGGAGUUCAUCCCAACAAUGUUCACCUAGUCAAGUUCGUACCAUAUUCCAACUAUGUCUUCACUUUCUCAAUGUACGAGGCUCGAGCUUGGGACUAUCGUUCUCCAGACUGCAUUUGUGUAAAAGUCUUGAAUUCGUCCGGACAAGUGAAUGAUGGGGAUUCAAUUGACGUUUCUCAAGUGAUGCCACGACAGAACACAAUUCCAUUUUUGGAGACAGUCAUCACAGCUGCCGACGUAGAUCCCACAGGAAGACACCUCUUUACAUCAUUCGCUGCCUAUGUUCGUGUGUGGAAUCUCAGUGAGUGGAAGCCUUUGGGACGUUUGAAUGCCGCGUCCCACUCACCCAAGUCGGAAGUAUCUUGCCUUCGAACGACACUGUCACCAGAAGGAAGUAUUUUGGCUUACACUGGAUCGCGUGAUCAUUAUGUAAAAGAGUAUGACGUCGGUUUUGGAACUGGAGUCAUCGAAUCUAAAUGCGAAUUCACCCCACCACAUUAUGAUAAUGUAACUGCUGUAUUGCCAUUGAAUGGACACUUGUACACUGCUUCUAAGGAUUUGAACAUUAUGAAAUUCUCUCUGAAAGACGGCAAACGUGAGCAUCUGGAGCUACGGGCUCAUCAACAAUACAUUCAAUCACUGACUGGUUUUGGACCAAAAGGAAAAGAAUUUCUGGUGUCUGCAUGUAAAGAUGGAACUCUCCGUUUCUGGGAUGUGGCUUCAUCUAACCGAAUGAAACUUGUAGAAGAGUACUCCAAAGCACAUCAAGACGGCAUCAACAGCAUGUGCUCCACAAAGGCAAUGCUCUUCACCGCUUCCGGAGAUUCUACCGUUGGAUUCUGGAAGUCGAAC